UACCAUAGAGCUCGGAAAGGAGAGCGAGCGGCAGAGCCGGAAGGAAAGCCGAGAGCGAAGGCGGUCAGCCAAGAUGGCGGCGACCAAGAGGAAGCGGCGUGGAGGCUUGGCGGUUCAGGCGAAAAAAACAAAAAGGAACGAGAAAGAUGCCAAGCAGCCAGCUAAGCUGCGCGACAUGGCAGAAGAGGCGGAGGAAGAAGAGAGAGACCGUAUCCCAGGCCCCGUUUGCAAGGGCAAGUGGAAAAAUAAGGAACGGAUUCUCAUCUUUUCUUCCAGAGGAAUAAAUUUCAGAACAAGACAUUUAAUGCAAGACUUGAGAAUGUUGAUGCCUCAUUCUAAAGCAGAUACAAAAAUGGAUCGUAAAGACAAGUUAUUUGUCAUUAAUGAGGUUUGUGAAAUGAAAAACUGCAAUAAAUGUAUCUAUUUUGAAGCUAAGAAGAAACAGGAUCUCUAUAUGUGGCUUUCAAAUUCACCUCAUGGGCCAUCUGCUAAAUUCCUCGUUCAGAACAUCCAUACCCUAGCUGAACUAAAGAUGACUGGAAACUGUUUGAAAGGUUCUCGGCCCCUUUUGUCUUUUGACCCUGCUUUUGAUGAAUUACCACAUUAUGCUUUGUUAAAAGAACUCUUAAUUCAGAUCUUUAGUACACCACGGUAUCAUCCCAAAAGCCAACCAUUUGUGGACCAUGUGUUUACUUUCACCAUUUUGGAUAAUAGGAUAUGGUUUCGGAACUUUCAGAUCAUAGAAGAAGAUGCUGCUCUUGUAGAAGUAGGACCUCGCUUUGUCUUAAAUCUCAUAAAGAUUUUCCAGGGAAGUUUUGGAGGACCAACUUUAUAUGAAAAUCCUCACUACCAGUCUCCAAACAUGCAUCGGCGUAUCAUAAGAUCCAUCACAGCUGCAAAAUACAAAGAGAAACAACAAGUGAAGGAUGCACAGAAAAUGAAAAAGAAAGAACCAAAGACUAUUCUUCCACAUGAUCCCACUGCAGAUGUUUUUGUUAUACCAGCUGAGGAAAAGCCGAUAGAAAUACAGUGGGUAAAACCAGAGCCGAAAGUUGAUUUGAAAGCAAGAAAGAAAAGGAUUUACAAAAGGCAAAGAAAAAUGAAACAGAAGAUGCACAGUGGGAAUGCAAAAUGAAUCAAUGGAUAACUAACUUUUCAGGAAUUUUAUAUUUAUUUUGUAUUCAGUGUGUAAAUACUCUUUAUUAUCCAGGACUAUGUUAUAUCUCAUUAGUGUGGCAUUUAAGACAAAAAUCAAAUUAAAAUUUGUGGCUACUGUGGUGUGUAUGUUUGUCUAAAUAUCACCGUCAGAGAUAUUUAGAACUAAUCAGUUAAUUUCUGUUUUUUUUUUUUUUCAAAGCUUGUUUGGUGUUACUAAAAGUUUAGCAUACUUCAGGUUUAGGCCUGUUUUCUUGGAUUAAAAUUUUGGGUUUAGGAAAGCUGAAAUUCAAACACUUUUAUUGGGUCAUUAUUACUUGUAAGACAAUGAAUUAGGCACUUUGAGAGCUUAGUUUCAGAUGGUAAAGUGCAGAUAGACUGGUAGAAAAAAAAAAGCAUCUUACUGAGGUUGGAGUCCCCGAGUCACCAAUGAAUGAGGCCUUGGAAAAGCCAAUCCUUGAUCUUGUUUUCUCACCUCAAGAAAGUACAGUAGGGCGCCUGAGUAGCUCG